GAUCCUGGGAGUCGCCGGGCGGGGGCGGCGCUGCUGGCCGGUCCCUUUGCCAUUCCCUCCGGGAGCCGCGGGGGAGGGCGGCGGCGGGGAUCCGGAAGUGGGGGUUGGCAGGGCCGGGCUGGACUUCCGGUGAGGGAGCGCGGCUGAGGCGGCGAGGACGCGGAGCGCGGGGCUGAUGCAGGCGAUCAAGUGCGUGGUGGUGGGCGAUGGCGCGGUGGGUAAGACCUGCCUGCUCAUCAGCUACACAACCAAUGCCUUCCCCGGAGAAUACAUCCCCACUGUUUUUGACAACUACUCUGCCAACGUGAUGGUGGACGGGAAGCCGGUGAACCUGGGCCUGUGGGACACAGCGGGACAGGAGGAUUACGACCGUCUGCGCCCACUUUCCUACCCGCAAACAGACGUGUUCCUGAUCUGCUUCUCCCUGGUGAGCCCGGCCUCCUUUGAAAACGUCCGUGCCAAGUGGUAUCCUGAAGUGAGGCAUCACUGUCCAAACACGCCCAUCAUCCUGGUGGGGACCAAGCUUGAUCUGCGAGAUGACAAGGACACGAUUGAGAAGCUGCGAGAGAAGAAACUGACACCCAUCACCUACCCGCAGGGCCUGGCUAUGGCCAAAGAGAUCGGUUCAGUGAAGUACCUGGAGUGUUCGGCGCUAACUCAGCGAGGCCUAAAGACCGUGUUCGACGAAGCCAUCCGUGCCGUUCUCUGCCCUAUUCCUGUAAAGAAGAAGAAGAGAAAAUGUUUCAUUCUGUAACUCUUUCCCACCAGUUUACCAGGCCCACAACAUUGAUUCAAGUAUGCCAAUAUUUUCCCCUGCGUUGUGAUUACUUUCCCCCUUUAGAAUGGCUAUUGAACACACCCAUCUAAUUUUUCAGAUAUUUAAUAAAUAACGAGAGGAUCGGUUAAACAACCUACUUGCUUUGCACUCCCUCCCCCAUUUCCCCCUUUUGCCUAUUUACACCCAUUUGUAUUUAAAUUGCCAAAUUAUCCGCUGUAAACUAGAGAAACACUUCAUUUGCACUGCAAACACUAAAUCAUAGAAGGAAUUGCACCUUUCUGUCAUCUGGUACUGUUUACAAGCUUUCCAGAACUCUAACCGUUACUGGUGUAGGACCUUUUCCCAGACAUCUCAGGAUCACUCCAAAUUAACUGUCAGCACAAGCUGGAAGUGACUGUGUUGAUGUAGUAUGGCUCGGAACAGCUCUGAAGAUGUGACUGGAUUAGAAAACUUCAGAGGCUCCAGGUUACUAUAGUCGGCCCUGAUUUUACUUAUUACUUUAUACACUAACCACAUUACCUUGCUAGCUUGAAGUUGGCACAGAUGCUUUAUUGAUGCGAGCGUUAAAUACAAGUUAAUCAUGUCUGUUGCUGUAUUACCUAAACUUAAAACUAACACAUUGGAAGUCUACGCAAAUUACUAAUAAAACUAGGAGGUGCUCCGGUUUGGAGGUGUAGUUAACAAUAUGGCAUUGAACUGAGAGUUUUCAGUAUUCUUGGACUGAUUUAGAGAUGGAAAACAGAUGCUAGAUUUUUGAAACACCUGUAUGUGUUUUUGCUGAAUUGUAUAUUUUUAGUAAAGAUACAAGUGGAAAGGAGUGCUGAUUAUGGCAGGAGCAGUUAUAGAACCUGGGGUUAGAAAGAAUGGUUCAUUGAAGGCAUUGACUGGGUCCUAACAAUCUUCUGAUUUGUAUCUUUAAGGGAUUUUUGUGUAACAUACCUUUCAUGUGUUUCUGAUGAUGGUUAACCUCACAGCUGUAUGUGGCUAACAAGAUCUUCAUUUUUAAAAAAAAGUAAAUUUUAACAUUAAGUUGUAUGGAAGUAUCAUUUCUCAAGUGCUGUUUCAUGAACUGGAAGUCAAUUAGUGAGAACAAAGUUGCAAAUUUUUGUCAACACUUGAUUCUGUGGCAAAUGCUUUAAGCGACGAUCCUGUCAGUAAAAGAGUAUUUUCAGUACCUUGGUUUUAUCCCUCCAUGACUGCAGAUCUUAAAAUACUUUCCUGCUUCAACUUUGAGAAGCCUUAAAGACCAAAUCCUGCACGGAGCUGUUAACACCUUGCUUGUCCUCGUGCUUGGUUUAAAUCUACCAUAGACGCCUUAUUCUAAAAAUGUACAUAAUCCCAAUGUAUUUUCUACUUAAUUUUUCUAACAGGUUACGUUCUGUGCAUGUUGCUCAUCUGUUUUGGAACAGUGGGUUCCACCGGUGGGGGGGGGGAACAGCUGUUAACAAAAAUUAAUCUGCUUUUUAUAUAAACAAGUGUUAAAAUGUUGGAAAAAGAGGAACAGCUUGCUUGCAUUCUAAAUACUGUUCUAUGUUUACUGUGUGAUUUAAAUAAAUGGUUAAUAAGCUGA